CGUUGAUGAGGCAAAGAGGUCAAUUUUUAAUGUUGAAUUAUCUAGUGCAAAUCAAUGUUAUACGAACUCAGCUCGUGAUGCGAUCGAAAAUAUGAUGAGUAGAUCAUUUAAGUGCAAAAUCUACGAUGAGCAAACAGGUAUGAAUUUAUUCACUCCUUGUGUUUACAGAAGCGCGUCUUUUUUGAGGAUUCUGGGUGAAAAUCUCCGACGCUGUGCAUAUCAUUCAAAAUUGUCUGGAUGUUAAUAAUCUACUAUGUAUAUGUGAACAUUCGAUAAGUGCUUUAAUCAUUUAUUAUUUUGAAAAUAAGAACAAAACGCUGUCUCAACUGUGUACUCCUGAGACAGCAAUUGAUAAUGUUAUCAAAGACAAGCUUCAAGCAGUUAUAAUUUCGUUACCAACUAAUUUCGACUUAAACACAAACAGUGAAAUUAAUAAACUGUCGUUCGAGAUACACACUUACGAACAACAAAUAAAAUUACACCGUAAAGAAACUGUUUUGGUUGUUCUUGAGCAACAACGAAUUCUAUUAUUUGGGUUAAAAGAUAUCGUCGAGGAUGUUAGCAAAGAAUUUGAAAAAAUAAAAGAAAAACAUGAAACAAAAGAUAUUAAAUUGAACUUAAAAUCGCAUCAGAUCAAAUAUUUAUUAAAUAUCUGUCGGACGGAAUUAAAACAAAUUGAAGAUAAACAUGAUGGUGUGAUUAUCAACGAUCAUAAGUUAUCAAACGGUGAAUUUUGUACGCCAAAUUAUUUACGUGAAACAAUUGAAUCAAAAAUUGGUGAAUUAGCAAAAGUCAAUAACCCAAUAACCUAUAAUAUCUCAAAGCGAGGUUUUAGUACACUUGCUGAAAAAAAUAAGAAAAAAUUAAUCGAAAUUGGGCAACACAGCAAGUGCUAUGUCGAAAUUCAAGUACAAACAACAAAUAUAACCUAUACCAUUCCAAAAGCAAAUAAAUCAAUUUCAAACACAACUGAAGUAACACCGAUGCCUGUAUCGUCGUCUGUUACCAUAAAAGGUGGGACAGUUAAUAUUUGUAUCGGCGACUUAGGAGCACACCAGGUUGAUGAGAUUGUUGUGUCUUCGUCUUCCAAUAUAUUAAGACAAAAUAUUAUUCAACAAGCGGGUGAUACAGUGUUAAAAGAAUAUAAAAAGAAAUCUCAGACAAACAGCAACUUAAUUGAAACGAAUGCGGGACAAUUACCGUGCAAGAAGAUUUUAUUUUUACCCUGUGUUUUGGACAAUAAAAACGAGGGAGCUUUGCGGCAAUCGAUACGUAGGUUUGUAUCGAAGGCUAUUCAGCAUGUAUUAGCUGCAAAGUAUACCAGUAUCGCUUUUCCAGCCAUCGGCUGCGGUUUAAUAGGAUGUAAGUUUGAUCUUGUGGCAAACGAAAUGAUUGAGGAAGCAAAGAAUCAACUACUACAAAUCAAAUCAAAUUUU